GACUUACGGCAAUUGUCAAUAUUUGCCUAGACUUUUCUGCAUUCGUACAUAAACCAAGAUUUCAAUAAUUUGAAAAUAUUUGCUUAUAAAUUAAAUUAGAUACCGAUCAAAUAAAAAAAAUUGAAAUACAGCAGACAUGCCGGUAAAUAUAAUAUCUUAAACAUACCGAAAUCAUAAAACCUUUUAAAGCAUAGCGGGGUGCGGCCUACCAUUCACAGAUUAAGGAAUUUCCCCAAGUGGUUGGAAAUAUGGCUAUAUUGCCUUUACGAACUCAAGCUCGUGGACCUGCUCCCAGUGCCAAUAUUGAAAACGAUAUCAUUGAUGAGUCACUAUAUUACUUCAAAGCAAAUGUUUUUUUCCGUACAUAUGAGAUAAAGUCUGAAGUUGAUCGCGUUCUCAUUUAUAUUACACUAUACAUCACCGAAUGUUUGAAGCGCUUACAACGCUGUAGCAACAAAAAUCAAGGCACACAAGAAAUGUACAGCUUAGCUAUUUCAAAAUUUGAUAUCCCUGGAGAUGCUGGAUUCCCAUUAAAUGCUGUUUAUGCUAGACCACAAAAUACACAAGAAGCAGAUUUAAUGCGCCAAUAUUUCUUACAACUGCGACAUGAAAUCGGAAAUCGUGUUUGCGAGAAAGUAUUCAACAGUGAAGAUGGAAAGCCCAAUAAAUGGUGGAUUUGUUUCGCCAAAAAGAAGUUUAUGGAGAAAUCUUUGUCUGGCCCUGGGCAAUAGACAUAAGUGAUGUCAAUUAAAUUCGCAACUACCAUUUAUUACAAAAUAUUUAGGCUCAAAAUGAAUAAUAAAGUGUUACAUAUAUAUAAUUGCA